AAAGUACCGCGAACUAAAUCCAGCUGUUCAAUUAUUUGCGGUCUCAAACACGUUCUUUCUCUUUGAGUUGAGUUUCAUCGAAGAAAGAUGUCUCAUAGAAAAUUCUCAGCUCCCCGCCAUGGUUCGAAAGGUUUCUUGCCUCGUAAAAGGUGCAAGAGGCAUCGUGGGAAGGUUAAAUCUUUUCCCAAAGACGAUAAGACAGUUCCACCUCAUCUGACUGCCUUCAUGGGUUUCAAGGCAGGAAUGACUCACAUUCUCCGGGAAGUUAACCGACCUGGCUCCAAAAUUAACAAGAAGGAAGUUGUCGAAGCUGUCACAAUUAUUGAGACCCCACCCAUGAUGAUUGUUGGUAUUGUGGGAUAUAUUGAGACACCUCAUGGCCUUCGUCCUUUGACCACAGUCUGGGCUGAACAUCUUAGUGAGGAAUGCCGAAGACGCUUUUAUAAAAAUUGGUGUUGUUCAAAGAAGAAGGCGUUCACCAAAGCUUGCCGUAAGUGGGGCGACAAUGAAGGAAAAGAAAGCAUUGAAAGUGAUCUUGCACGAAUGAAAAAAUAUUGCAAAGUGAUUCGUGUCAUUGCCCAUACUCAGCAAAAACUGGUCAGGUUGAGUCAAAAGAAGGCUCACAUUAUGGAAAUCCAAGUGAAUGGAGGUGAUAUUGCCGAGAAAGUUGACUGGGCAAAAAAGCGCCUGGAAAACCCUGCUCCUGUCAGUAAAGUUUUCGGAAAAGAUGAAAUGAUUGAUGUGAUUGGGGUGACCAAAGGAAAAGGAUUCAGGGGUGUGACGUUCCGUUGGGGAACAAAGAAGUUGCCACGUAAAACCCACAAAGGUUUACGUAAGGUUGCUUGCAUUGGUGCAUGGCAUCCAGCCAGAGUUUCCUUUGCUGUUGCCCGUGCUGGUCAGUGUGGCUACCAUCACAGAACUGAGAUGAACAAGAAGAUCUACCGCAUUGGCACAGGCAUUCACACCAAGGAUGGCAAAGUGAUCAAGAAUAAUGCAUCCACAGAGUAUGAUAUCUCUGAUAAGAGCAUCACACCCUUGGGUGGAUUUCCUCAUUAUGGUGAAGUCAAUGAAGAUUAUGUUAUGGUGAAAGGCUGUGUUGUUGGACCAAAGAAACGUGUCUUGACGCUAAGAAAGUCCCUGCUUGUCCAGACCAGUCGUAAAGCAACGGAGGUAAUUAAUUUGAAGUUGAUUGAUACAUCAUCCAAGUUUGGUCAUGGUCGCUUCCAGACUGAAGAGGAAAAGAAGUCAUUCAUGGGGUUGUUGAAAAAAGACAAGGAGCGUGAAGAAGCUGGCGAAGCUUGAUACAAAUAAUGUUGUAACUCAACCUGUCUGAAGAAUGAAAUAAAUGCAAAAAUAAAUUGUGUGUA